AUGGUGACCGCAUCUUCCCGAGUCCCCAUUGUGAUGAACACCCCACCAUCUUAUAGUCCCCUGGUGAUAAACACCCCACCAUCUUAUAGUCCCCUGGUGAUGAACACCCCACCAUCUUACAGUCCCCUGGUGAUAAACACCCCACAAUCUUACAGUCCCCUGGUGAUAAACACCCCACCAUCUUACAGUCCCCUGGUGAAGAACAUCCCACCAUCUUACAGUCCCCUGGUGAUAAACACCCCACCAUCUUACAGUCCCCUGGUGAUAAACACCCCACCAUCUUACAGUCCCCUGGUGAUGAACAUCCCACCAUCUUACAGUCCCCUGGUGAUAAACACCCCACCAUCUUACAGUCCCCUGGUGAUAAACACCCCACCAUCUUACAGUCCCCUGGUGAUGAACAUCCCACCAUCUUACAGUCCCCUGGUGAUAAACACCCCACCAUCUUAUAGUCCCCUGGUGAUGAACAUCCCGCCAUCUUACAGUCCCCUGGUGAUGAACACCCUACCAUCUUAUAGUCCCCUGGUGAUGAACACCCCACCAUCUUACAGUCCCCAUUGUGAUGAAUACUCCACCAUCUUACAGUCCCCAUUUCCCCUGGUGAUGAACACCCCACAAUCUUACAGUCCCCUGGUGAUGAACAACCUACCAUCUUAUAGUCCCCUGGUGAUGAACACCCCACAAUCUUACAGUCCCCUAGUGAUGAACAACCUACCAUCUUACAGUCCCCUGGUGAUGAACAUUCCACCAUCUUACAGUCCCCUGGUGAUGAACACCCCACCAUCUUACAGUCCCCUAGUGAUGAACAACCUACCAUCUUACAGUCCCCUGGUGAUGAACAUCCCACCAUCUUACAGUCCCCUGGUGAUGAACACCCCACCAUCUUAUAGUCCCCUGGUGAUGAACCCCCUGCCAUCUUACAUUCCCCUGGUGAUGAACACCCCACCAUCUUACAGUCCUCUGGUGAUGAACACCCCACCAUCUUACAGUCCCCUGGUGAUGAACAUCCCACCAUCUUACAGUCCCCUGGUGAUGAACAUCCCACCAUCUUACAGUACCCUGGUGAUGAACAUUCCACCAUCUUACAGUCCCCUGGUGAUGAACACCCUACCAUCUUACAGUCCCCAUUGUGAUGAACAUCCCACCAUCUUACAGUCCCCAUUUCCCCUGGUGAUGAACACCCCACCAUCUUACAGUCCCCUGGUGAUGAACAACCUACCAUCUUACAGUCCCCUGGUGAUGAACAUCCUACCAUCUUACAGUCCCCUGGUGAUGAACACCCCACCAUCUUAUAGUCCCCUGGUGAUGAACCCCCUGCCAUCUUACAUUCCCCUGGUGAUGAACACCCCACCAUCUUACAGUCCCCUGGUGAUGAACACCCCACCAUCUUAUAGUCCCCUGGUGAUGAACACCCUGCCAUCUUACAGUCCCCUGGUGAUCAACACCCUACCAUCUUACAGUCCCCUGUCCCCUGGUGAUGAACAUCCCACCAUCUUACAGUCCCCUGGUGAUGAAAAUCCCACCAUCUUACAGUCCCCUGGUGAUGAACACCCUACCAUCUUACAGUCCCCUGGUGAUGAACACCCUACCAUCUUACAGUCCCCUGGUGAUGAACACCCCACCAUCUUACAGUCCCCUGGUGAUGAACACCCUACCAUCUUACAGUCCCCUGGUGAUGAACACCCCACCAUCUUACAGUCCCCUGGUGAUGAACACCCUACCAUCUUACAGUCCCCAUUGUGA